AUGUCAUCCGCGCCACUUGUUAUCCCGAAGACCCCAUCCUCAGUUCCCCCCUCCGAGGAGGAGGUUGCCUCUUUGAUGAACACGAUAUUGAAUGCAGACAAAUCGCAAGAGUCUCUAGACGCCUCCUAUGCCUUGACAAACCUCCUCAUCCAAUCCGUCGGAUUUCGUGGACUACACGGCUAUGGCUUGUUGAGGGGCAUCCAAAAAGCGGCAGUAGAUAAGAAAAGCGGGGCAAAGCGAGAGAGUGCAAUGCUGAUAUUAGGCGCCCUUUUCGAGAGGUUUCCUCGAGAACAACCGCUUAGCGAGGUUAUAUUCUUAAUUGAGGACGGGGGGCUGCUUUCCCUGGCCUUGGAUGCGCUAGGUGAUAAGGGUGCUGUGGUGCGGGAGGCCGCCAAAUAUGCUGUUGAUGCGCUGUUUGCUUGUUUGAAGGUUGAGUCGUUGGUCACCGCCUUUGUUCCAGCGCUAUCGGCGUAUCUUAGCAAACCUACUGCGAAGUGGCAAGGUGCUGUGGAGGCUUAUCGCCUUCUGGAAAAAGUGGCUGAGAAAACUCAGGCUGGUUCGGAUACUAAGGAGGAGAGUCUGCGAAAGGACUUGCUCCGUGAUUCUGUGGGCAAGUGUUUAAAGGAUUUGAUCCCUAUCGUCGAGUCCGGCAUGCACGAUAUGAAAAACGAGGUCUCAAAACAAGCUGUUAAAACCAUGACUGCUCUGACGACAGUCCUCUACAAUGACGAUUUACCUCCCCCGGUGCUAGCCCUUCUCACUCCUCAUCUUGAACGAUCUCUGAAUACACAUACAACCCCACAAGAAGUCCUCGCCAAACAGUCGUUGUCGUCGAGAAUCUCACAAAGCUCGUCCAUGAUCCUAAUGAGGCAAAGGACAUUUUUACCAAAGUUGAAGCCAGGCGUGCAAGGAGUGAAAGACAGAGCUUCGCUACCCGAGGUCCGGGAGCUAGCAACACGAGCAUUGAAUGUCAUCCAGAAAGCUAUGGGCGAUGACAGCUCUAACUUGGCCAACGGGGCUGUGGCCCAAGUCACAACAGAUGAAGUCCUGAAGGUGUUAGAGCAGCAUGUAAAAGCCCAUGGCGGCCUUGCGCGCAAGGAAGAUGAACCAUUCUGGGCUAUCACGAAAACAUAUAUCUCAGAAAUGGUUCGGGACGACGUGAAUUCACGACUUCUCCAACGCAUCCCACUUUGCAUCGGACCUUAUCUCAGCCAGUUAGUCAAAGAAGGACAAGAGGCGGUUAUCGCUUCGGCAGUUCACGCCCACUUCAUAGAAGAGGACACGCGGAAAUAUGGAGCACCAGUGCAAGAAGAUACAGACGAGGUGGAAAUUGUCAAUGCGGAUUUCUCUCUUGCAUAUGGUGGCAUGCUUCUGCUCUCCCACACAAACCUAAGACUCCUCAAGGGCCAUCGAUACGGACUCUGCGGGCGCAACGGAGCGGGAAAAUCCACUCUGAUGCGCAGCAUUGCGGAGGGAAAGCUGGAGGGAUUUCCUCCCAAGGAUGUCUUGAAGACAUGCUUUGUGGAGCAUAACCAAGGCGAAGAUGCGGAUUUGAGUAUUUUGGAAUUCGUUGCUAAAGACCCGGAACUGGCUGCAAGCGGCAAAAAACGAAUUUCCGAGGUUUUGAGCGAGGUUGGAUUCACUGCCGGCCCCGGCGGACGGCAACAACAGAAAGUUGGCUCGCUUUCCGGUGGGUGGAAAAUGAAACUGGCUCUGGCACGAGCAAUGCUCAUGGGGGCUGACGUUCUCCUUCUUGACGAACCGACCAAUCAUUUGGAUGUUGCGAAUGUGAAAUGGUUGCAGGAAUACCUGAAGAAACACACCGAGAUCACCAGUUUGAUUGUCAGUCACGACUCCGGCUUUUUGGACGAAGUGUGUACCGACAUCUACCACUAUGAAGGAAAGAAACUGGUAUGGUACAAAGGCAACCUUGCUGCGUUUGUCAAGGUUAAGCCGGAAGCGAAAAGCUACUAUACCCUUAGCUCGUCGAAUGUUCAAUUCAAAUUCCCUCCUCCGGGUAUCUUAACUGGGGUCAAGUCGCAAACCCGUGCCAUCCUUCGCAUGACUAACGUGACUUACACUUACCCUGGAAAUUCGAAGCCUUCUCUAAUAGAUGCAAGCUGUUCUCUGACACUUUCCUCUCGCACAGCCAUAAUCGGCGGUAACGGAGCGGGCAAGUCCACUUUUAUCAAGCUGUUGACUGGAGAGCUUAUUCCUCAAAGUGGCAAGGUUGAAAAGCAUCCCAACCUUCGAAUCGGGUACAUUAAACAGCAUGCCUUGGAGCACGUGGAGAUGCAUAUGGAAAAGACACCCAACCAAUAUUUGCAAUGGAGAUAUCAGAAUGGCGAUGAUCGGGAGGUGUUGAUGAAGCAAACCAGGAUCUUGACUGAGGAGGACCGUAUCCAAAUGGAGAAAACAAUCGAUAUCGGAGAUGGGAGAGGCCCUCGACGUAUCGAAGCCUUGAUUGGUCGACAAAAGUUGAAGAAGACGUUCCAAUAUGAAGUUAAAUGGGUUGGGAUGCUUCCCAAGCACAACUCCUUCAUCUCUCGCGAAACCCUUUUAAAAGAAGGCUUCCAAAAGCUCGUCCAAGAAUACGACGACCACGAAGCCUCUCGCGAGGGUCUAGGCUACCGCGUCCUGGAACCGAAAGUAAUCUCCAAGCACUUCGAAGACGUCGGCCUCGAUCCAGAAAUUGCAAACCACAACCAAAUCUCCGGUCUCUCCGGCGGCCAAAAGGUCAAAGUCGUCCUCGCCGGCGCGAUGUGGAAUAACCCGCAUCUCCUCGUCCUUGACGAGCCCACUAACUUUCUGGACCGCGACUCGCUGGGCGGUCUUGCCGUCGCCAUCCGUGACUACAAGGGGGGCGUGGUGAUGAUUUCCCAUAACGAGGAGUUCGUCGGUGCGCUAUGCCCGGAGCAAUGGCAUGUCGAAAACGGCCGGAUGACGCACAAGGGCCAUAUAUCGCUCUCCCUCGACCGGUUUGAGGACAGCUCGCGCGGACCCAGCACUGUAGCUAGCAGCGUCGUUUCCAGCACGGUGGCCUCUGCGGCGGCGUCUGCAGUUAAUUCUGGGGCGGAGGAUGCGGGCGGAGAGUUGAAGUUCAAGGCGAAGAAAAAGAAGAAGUUGACUCGUGCGCAGAUGAAGGAACGUGAGGUGCGGAGGCGAUUGAGACAUAUUGAAUGGUGCGUUGUCAAUUCAUACUUCUCAUCCUUGUUUGAUGGGUGGACUCUGCUAACAUACAACGUUCCUCUUUCCAGGCUUAACUCUCCCAAAGGCACACCUCACCCGCCAGACACCGAUGAUGAAGCAUAG